UCUGCCGCUUCUGCUCGCUGGCGGGGGAGAAAAGGCUGCGGUGUUGCCGCCGCCGCCGCCAGCCCGCCCCUCCUGCCGCUGCUGCUGGGAAGAGGAAGAAGAGGCGGUGGAGCGGCGGAGGGCAAUGGGGCUGCGGCUCUGCAGCAGCAGCAGCAGCAGCAGAGGUAUAGCCCGGCUUUGCAGCACCGCCUGCCUGGGCACGAGGACUGAGCCGCGCGGCGGGGCAAGGCGGCUUGCAUGAGCCUCGGGGCACACCAGCAGCCGCCGGGGAGCGCGGCCGGCGGGAGCCUCGCUUGCUGCCGCCGCCACCGUCGUCUUGCCCCGCAGCGGCGCUUGCCGUUUCCCAGCACGCUGAUGGCUUCUCGACGUCGCUGGUGACUGCUGCCUCCUUCCUCCUCCUCCUCCACUACCAUCACCCUUCCUUCCCUUCUUUUUCCUUCCUUCCUUCCUCCUCUUUCCACGAGCGGCGGAGAUGGGGAACACGACCUCAUGCUGCGUGUCGUCCAGCCCCAAGCUGCGGAGGAAUGCCCAUUCGCGGCUGGAGUCCUACCGCCCCGACACCGAGCUGAGCCGGGAGGACACGGGAUGCAACCUGCAGCACAUCAGCGACAGGGAGAACAUCGACGAUCUGAACAUGGAGUUCAACCCAUCAGAUCAUCCACGGGCCAGCACAAUCUUCCUCAGCAAAUCUCAAACAGACGUGAGAGAAAAGCGGAAGAGUCUCUUUAUAAACCACCAUGCUCCUGGUCAACUGAGAAGGAAAUACAGUUCCUGUUCCACUAUUUUCCUGGAUGACAGCACAGUCACUCAGCCCAACCUCAAGUAUACAAUUAAAAGUGUAGCUCUUGCAAUAUAUUACCACAUCAGAAACAGGGACACAGAUGGAAGGCUGCUCCUAGAUAUUUUUGAUGAAAACCUCCACCCCCUUACGAAAUCCGAAGUGCCGCCAGAUUAUGACAAACAUGACCCAGAGCAGAAGCAGAUUUACCGCUUUGUGCGGACGCUGUUCAGCGCCGCUCAGCUGACUGCUGAAUGUGCCAUUGUCACCCUGGUAUAUCUUGAAAGACUUUUAACUUACGCAGAGAUAGAUAUAUGUCCAGCAAACUGGAAGCGAAUUGUGCUGGGUGCAAUUCUACUGGCAUCAAAAGUUUGGGACGACCAGGCCGUGUGGAAUGUGGACUACUGUCAGAUUCUGAAAGAUAUCACCGUUGAGGACAUGAAUGAGUUGGAACGCCAGUUUCUUGAGUUGUUGCAGUUCAACAUUAAUGUUCCCUCCAGUGUUUAUGCCAAGUAUUAUUUUGAUUUGCGAUCCCUGGCAGAAGCAAACAACCUGAGCUUUCCAUUGGAGCCGCUCAGCAGGGACAGGGCAUAUAAACUUGAGGCCAUCUCCCGCUUGUGUGAAGACAAGUAUAAGGACUUCAGGAAAUCAGCAAAGAAACGGUCAGUCAGUUCGGACAAUCUGACUGUAGUUAGGUGGUCACCUGCGAUUAUCUCCUAAUGUUUGAAGUCUUGGAUAGUCCUCAGAAAUACUGUUUCUAUCAUCAACUUUGGGAGGGAGGGGAUUGUUAUUUCCCCCCCUCGUUCUUUUUCCCCCCUUCUCCUUAUUCUUGUUUUUAGAUCUGCCUUUACAGUGCCUCCCCCGUUGCGUAGCACACAAGAAUAAAUAUACGGACAGGAGAGAGACGUCAGUACAUCGGGAAGAACUUCGGAAGAAAGCUGGUUCUGUUGUUUUGCUGCAGAUUUGUCCCUUUUUAUGUGAGGAAAAGGCAAACUACAUACAUAUGCUUGGAAGAACAGAAAAGCAAGUGUGUGUGUUAUUAAAAAGAAAAAGAUCUUCAGCAGAGACAAUAGCAUGGGAAUUUUAAAAACACACCACAAGAUCGGCUUGGAAGAAGCACUAUGAGAGAGGAUUUUGAAAGUAUUUCACUUUCUCUUCAGUGUUUUCCAUUGGCUUUCUGGGUUUUAUAUCUUUUUUCCUUCCUCCCUUGCUGUUUGUCUGGGAGUCGCUUUUCCUGCUUCUGCAAAGCAGCAAGUAUGAAGAAGGCAG